UAACGGAGCGCCGAGCGGCUGUUUUCCGGGUUCACACUCACUCAGCAUGUAGAGGAGGCGGACCGCCGGGAGACACCUGGACCACCGAGGACACACCGGAGCCCCGACACACACGGGAUCGAUCCGCACAUAUCGAUCAGCUAUCAGUGAAGCAUGGGGAACCUGAUCAAGGUGUUAACCAGAGACAUCGACAACAAUGGUGGAAACUUCUUCCUGGACUUUGAGAAUGCUCAGCCCUCACAGUCAGAGACGGCGGUGUGGGAGGAGGUGAACCAGGUACUGACGGAGGCUCGGGUCAUCCUGGACGACCUGCAGGCGUACAGAGGAGCAGGAGAGGAGAUACGACAGGCCAUCCAGAGUCCUGGCGUGGAGGGGGUACAGGAGAAGGCCUGGGCAGCUGUGGUUCCUCUGGUUGGUAAACUGAAAACCUUCUAUGAGUUCUCCCAGAAACUCGAGUCCAGCCUGCGGUGUCUCCUGAACAUCCUCACCAGUUCGGGUUCGACUCCCACUCAGCACCUGGAGCAGAAACAGGCACUGGCUCGUCAGUUCGCCCACAUCCUGCACUUCACGCUGCGCUUCGACGAGCUCAAGAUGACGAACCCGGCCAUCCAGAACGACUUCAGCUAUUAUCGCCGAACCAUCAGCCGCAUGCGGAUCAACAACCUGUCUGCCGACGCAGGAAAUGAGGUCAACAACGAGCUGGCCAAUCGGAUGUCUCUGUUCUACGCCAGCUCCACGCCGAUGCUGAAGACGCUAAGUGACGCCACAUCAAAGUUCGUCUCAGAUAAUCCAGACGUCCCGAUUGAAAACACGACAGACUGUCUGAGUACGAUGGCCAGCGUGUGCAAAGUGAUGCUGGAAACACCGGAGUAUCGCAGUCGCUUCGCCAGUGAGGAGACAGUGUUGUUCUGCCUGCGUGUGAUGGUCGGCGUCAUCAUCCUGUACGACCACGUUCACCCGGCCGGAGCCUUCGUUAAGACCUCCAAUAUAGACAUGAAAGGCUGCAUCAGAGUGCUGAAGGAGCAGCCGCCCAGCAGUGUGGAGGGAUUACUCAACGCUCUCAGGUAUACGACCAAACAUCUGAACGAUGAGGCUACCUCCAAGCAGAUCAAAAACAUGUUGCAGCCAAAUUAACUCAGUGCUUCUUCAGCAGAGGUGAAACUGGAACGAUACAAAAGUGUUGUGGUCCAAAUUUCAAGAGAACUACUGAACAAACCUUUAGCUAACAUUUCUUUGUUUUAACCUCAGUUAUUGUUGUAUGUUUUUACUCUCAUUUGAACAAAGUGCUGGUUUUUGUUGUUAUAUAAAAAAAGGAGAGAAAAGAAAAGAAAAAGAGAAGAGAAACUUUUAGUUGGUUGAUCCAAGAAAAGAUGUAAAAUUGUGCUCGAGCUGCGUUCACGUCACAUUUACAACCAAUACAACCUGUUUAUUCUGACACCUAGUGGACGUUCAGAUUAGUGCAGUUGACUUUUUCUAAUUACUUGCGCUGGCUGUUUUAAAUUUCCAAAAUAUGUCACAGACAGAAAACACUGCAGUGAAUUGACUGAUAUAUAUACAUGUAGUUCUGCGGGCACCCCCUAGAGGUGGCAGUUGUCAUUACAGCCAUAAUAUGAGAAAGUAUUAGAACAAGGUAUCAGACCUCUGAAUUGCUGCCUAUAUCUACAACAUCAGUGUUUCAUGUGAGUGUUUGUGUUUAGCUCAUUGACGACUGUUUCCACCACCUCCACAAACAGUUAACCAAUCAAAUCUUUGAAACUGGGAUUCAGAACGGAGAUGUGAAAUUGCCACCAAAAUGGCAACGUGUGGAUGAGACGGACGCAGCUGUGAAAGUUGUUGCUGCAGCAUCACACAUUUAAAAUCAUCCUCAUGAGACCGUAAUUACCCAGGCCUGUCUAGAACCUGCGACCAUCAGCUGACUUAAAAACCUUUAUAUUUACCGUUCAUUCGCCUGCACUUCUGAUGUGACGUGAAUGCAGCUUUCAGAUCUUUUAGCUGCCAUUUGUUGACAGUCUGACAUCAUCACUUCAGACCCUUUUCCACCACAAGAACUUUUUCCAGAACUGUUUUCAAGAACCCAGGAACUUUUCAUGUUCUGAUUGAAUUAUUCCUUGCGCCGCAGAUCCUACCUCAGAAAAAGUCUCUGUGGCCGAGGUCCAACUUGUCAGUUGACUGAACUGCUGGAGGGAACAUCACGUGUUGGUCAAACAAACACAAGCUCAGAAUCUUAAAGGAAAGAAUAGUACCGUUUAUCAUAAUUUGGGUUCGUCAGCUCCACAGAUAAAGAUAGAAAAUACAGUUUGGGUGAUUAUUUUCAUCAUUUUCUCGAUAAGCGUCAUUUCAUUUUCUCAACCAGCCUCUUGCUAUGAGCAGUGGGGUCCUAUGUGAUCAUCAACUUUCUACCAAAGUCAGAGCAGUUUGGGUUAUUCAGCAUGAGAGAUUUCUGUAUUUCUGUUUGAGGUUUGUUGGCUUGUGUUGCCGACAUUGUCGAUCAAAUGUGAUCAAACCACAUCCACACAGUCCUGAUGAAGCAGAUCAUUAGAUUUUUAUUUUAAGCUGAACACAACCAAGGAUGACUUUUUUUCAAACCUGAACAGCUGCCUUUUCAGUUAUUUAUAUUUAAGGUUUAAAACCAAGUUUUCAUGGGAUUUAAAGGAACGGUUUACUCUAAAAUCAAAACUACAUAAUCUUCCUCUGACCUGUUGUGCUAUUUAUUAGUCUAGAUUGUUUUGGUGUGAGUUGC